AUGGCAGUCGAUAUGGAGAGAUCAUAUGGGUUUACCCUAUGGCAGCCUACUGACGAGCAGGCCAGGUGCGAGUUCUACCGGUAUUAUGAGUCUUUGAUCCGCUGGCGAUUCCAUGGCGGACCUUGUCUACAGUCAGAUAUGGAUGCGCCAACAAAGCCAUGGGGAUCAAUGGACUCGGAAAUAUGUUGUCGACUGUUCCAGCGUGGCGGUUCGCAUUGGAGACCUGGCGACAUCGCGGUCGAAGAAUGGAUUAGGGAGAAGGAACCGGGACAAGCCACCACAGACCUGCUACAAGAGAUGAGGAGGUAUUUGAUCUUCAUUUGUUCCAACAAUCCGUGA